CCCCACACCCGCAAACAUUACAACCUGUUUGUGUCGGUCACACUCGUCACGAGUUAGAGAUAUUUUCCCAAGAAGAAAAAAAACACUCUCCAUUUGUGCUUGUGUUUUUUCCCGGGAAAACUGAGUUCAAAAUGAUGAAGAAGAAACCGAGCGCGAGAGAGAAUUCGUCGUCGUCGUCGUCCACGGCGGCCAGAGAAGAAGAGAGCGAAUGGGAAAUGAGGCCCGGAGGAAUGCUGGUGCAGAAAAGGACCGCGAAUACGGAUGCUGCUGUAACACGGAAUUUGCGCCUCCGAAUCGCCUACGGUGCUCUCCGUUACGAGAUCUGCGUCAGUUCCAUCGCCACUUUCGGGGAAGUGAAGAAGGUGCUUUGUGGGGAAACGGGGUUAGAGGUGGAUGAACAGAAACUGGUGUACAGAGGCAGAGAGCGAGAAAAUGGAGAGUACUUGGACGUGUGCGGAGUGAAGGACAGAUCAAAAGUGGUGUUAAUCCAAGACCCUUCAAGCAUUGAGCGACGCUUCAUCCAGAUGCGUAUCAACUCUAAGAUCCAAACAGCACAUCGCGCAAUCAACAAUGUCGCUGUCCAACUUGAUCAGCUCGCGGACCAGGUCUCUGCCAUUGAAAAGUCUAUUUCCAACGGAGUCAAAGUACCAGAAGUUCAAAUCACAACACUAAUUGAGAUGCUUAUGAGACAAGCAAUCAAAUUAGAAAGCAUUUCUGCAGAAGGCGGUGCCUCUGCACAGAAAAAUUUGCAGGGAAAGAGAGUGCAAAAAUGUGUUGAAAAACUGGAUCAACUUAAGGUAUCUAAUGCAAGAAUAAAACCUGUUGUUGUUACAACCAAGUGGGAGAUCUUUGAUCAUCCUCCAUCCUCAACCACGUGGGAAUUAUUCGAUUGAGUUUGCUUCUCCCUCCCCUACAAUAUUUUUCUUUUACCCUUAUUUACUCUAGUUUACUCUCCUUUGUCUAUACGUACAAGCUUCUUGUUUCAGAACUCUGUCAAUAAGUCUUGCUAUCACACUUUUUUGUUCAAAAUGCUUCUUCAAAAUGGCAAUUCAAAUAGAAGUCAGAAAUGUUAAUAUAUAUCCAUAUUUGUUAUUUGAUGGUGAAUUCAUUAGUCGUUUCUUUCAGGGUUGUAUUUAUGAUCACAUGCAAUUUACCAUUCACUAUUUGUAACAGUUUAAAUGUAUCAAUCAGUUAUCUUUUGAACAUUAAUUAAUACGUGGGGCUUUCCAUUGUGAUAAA